AGCUAAGAGCGAAGUCCUAUAGGAGCGCAGCCAUAGACAAGCCGCUGCCGAACCACGACCAUUUCAUGCAGGAGCCGUCGCAGAAGCCGCAGCACAACCCGCACCUCCUGCCAGUCACACACUACGCUAUCGACGAGCGCCUGAGGCGGGAGCUGGUAGACGAGAUGCACGCCAAAUCGGCCUGUAACCGAGUCGGACCUGCCUGCACGGGUGCACAACUACCACGCGGUGAGCCCGCUCGAAGCGGUGCCAGUCGGUGCGUCCGGCAUGACCCAGCAAUGCGUGGUCAAGGCACAGUCGAUUACCGACGGGCAGCAGUACUGUCUGCGACGCGUCCCGGGGUUCCGUGCCAAGGACGACUCGUCGCUGCUCGCCAUCGAUAAGUGGAAGGACAUUGACCACCCGAAUGUGGUGCGCGUGCGCGAGGCAUUUACGACACGCGCGUUUGGAGACAGCUCGCUGAUCGUCGUGUAUGACUUUAAGCCGCUGUCGAUGUCGCUGAAGCGCCGAAUCAUUGACCAGCACGAGAUAUUCAGCGAGGGGCGUCUGUGGCGGAUUGUUCUGCAGAUUACAUCGGGACUCAAGGCCAUCCACAGCGCCGGGCUUAGCGCGCGCAUGCUGAACGCUGCCACAGUGCUGAUAGCGCCUGAGGACCGUGUGUACCUCAACUCGUGUGGUCUGGUGGAUCUGCUGAUGGUCGACGCCGCCUACAUCGUCGAUGUUGCGCAGCAGGAGGACCUACGGGCGAUUGGCCAGAUCCUGGAUCUGGCUCUGGGCAUGAACCCAGAGAACAUAGCGACGAUCCAGGGCCAGGCGCCAGCAAUCGUCCCUGGCGCCAGCUUCUCGGCCGACUUCAAGCAGCUGUUUGGGUACCUGCACGGCCGCAUGACGCCGGUUAUUGCCAUAGACGAUAUUCUGCGCCUGGCGGGCCCACGUAUGUUUGCCGAGCUCGACUCUGCGCGGCGCGACGCCGACCUGUACCGCACCAACCUGGCGCACGAAGCAGCCAACGGCCGCCUUGCGCGCCUGCUGUGCAAGCUGAAUUUCAUCACCGAGCGGCCGGAGCACACAAUGGACCCCGAGUGGUCCGAGACCGGAGACCGCUACCUGAUCAAGCUCUUCCGCGACUACGUGUUCCACCUGGUCGACGACGUGGGCCGGCCGGUGCUGGACAUGGCCCACGUCAUUGGCAACCUGAACAAGCUCGACGCCGGCUCGGCCGAGAAGAUCAUGCUCAUGUCCCGCGACGAGCAGUCGUGCCUGGUGGUGACAUACAGCGAGAUCAAGCGGUGCGUCGACGGCGCGUACAGCGACCUGGCUGCAGCCUCGCGCUUUCGAAAGUAGUUUUUUUUUUUUGCAAUAUCAUAUCUGACGAUUAGUGACUUGA